GGCCAGUGCACAGCCAACAGUUUCCUCCGGUUGACCACAGAGCGAGCAACAACAUCUUCGAAAGAAACACCAAGACCAAAUUCAGUAUGAAGAACGCCAUUGCCAUCCUGCUGUGCGCCCUGCUGGGCCUGGCCUCCGCCGUCGAGUACAAGCUGCGCACUCCCGAGGAUCUGCAGGCCGCCCGCAAGGAGUGCGGUGCCAGCAGCAAGGUGACCGAGGCGUUGAUCGCCAAGUACAAGGCUCUGGAGUACCCUGAUGAUGAGAUUACCCGCAACUACAUCAAGUGCAUCUUCAUCAAGUUCGACCUGUUCGAGGACACCAAGGGCUUCAAGGUGGACAACCUGGUGUCGCAGCUGGGCCAGGGCAAGGAGGACAAGACCGCGCUGAAGGCCGACAUCGAGAAGUGCGCCGACAAGAACGAGCAAAAGUCCCCUGCCAAUGUCUGGGUCUACCGCGGCUUCAAGUGCUUCCUGACCAAGAACCUGCCCCUGGUCCAGGCCGCCGUCCAGAAGAACAACUAAGCACGCAGGCAGCACCCAGCACUUUCUACUCAAUUCUAGAACCGCGACAGAAGAACAUGCCAUCGAAGGAGGGAACAUUUUCCGCUCUGAAUUGAAAUAAAAACCAUAUAAUAGUGCUUGAAAA